UCAUUCACACUUCACAGUUCACACACAGCUCACUUUUCUUUUGUCCCUCAAAUACUACUACUCUCCCUCUCCCUCUCCCUCUCACACACAAACACCUAACCUAACAAGCCCCCAAACCCAAACACCACAAAAUCCCCAAAUUCUCAAGAAAACCCUAAAUUGCAAUUCACAUCAAAAUCUCUCAUUUCAGAUUACUCCCUUAGCCAUGGACGCUCAACGAGCUCUGCUAGACGAGCUUAUGGGCGCAGCUCGGAAUUUGACGGAGGAGGAGAGAAAAGGGUACAAGGAAAUUACUUGGGACGAUAAGGAGGUUUGUGCUUUCUAUAUGGUUCGGUUUUGUCCGCAUGAUCUCUUCGUCAAUACGAGGAGCGAUCUGGGACCAUGCCCUAGAAUACAUGAUCAGAAGUUGAAAGAAAGUUUUGAGCAGUCUCCAAGACAUGACAAGUACGUGCCGAGAUUUGAAGCUGAGCUUUCUCAGUUUUGUGAAAAGUUGGUGACAGACUUGGAUAGAAGAGUUAGGCGUGGGCGAGAGCGCCUUGCUCAGGAGGUGGAACCCACUCCACCACCUCCACUAUCAGCCGAAAAAUCUGAACAGUUAUCCGUAGUGGAAGAAAAAAUAAAGAAUCUACUGGAACAAGUGGAGACCCUUGGUGAAGCUGGGAAGGUGGAUGAAGCUGAAGCACUCAUGAGAAAGGUGGAGCUGCUUAAUGUUGAGAAGACAGCCUUGACUCAACAACCCCAGACUGAUAAAGUGUUAAUGCUAGCACAGGAGAAAAAGAUGGCUCUGUGUGAGAUAUGUGGUUCUUUUCUUGUAGCAAAUGAUGCUGCUGAGAGGACCCAGUCUCAUGUCACGGGGAAGCAGCACAUUGGUUAUGGCAUGGUCCGGGAUUUCAUAGCAGAGUACAAGGCAGCUAGAGAGAAGGCUAGGGAAGAGGAAAGAUUAGCCAAGGAGAAAGAAGCAGAAGAACGGAAGAAGCAACGAGAGAAGGAAUCUGAAAGGAGGAGGAGAAGUGAUUCUGGUGACAGGGACAGGGACAGGGACAGGUAUCAUGAUCGUGAUAGAGACAGAGAGCGGGAUAGACACCGAGAACGUGAUAGGUCUAGAGACUGGAAUGCUCGAGGUAGUCGGGAUGGAGGGAGAGGAGUGGAUUGGAGGUUGAGGAACGGAAGAGAAGGUGGCAGAGAUAGGUACCGUGAUCGAAGCAGGUCACGUUCCCCUGUUAGACAUGGUCACUGAAGGGCACCUAGAAGUCCAGUUCGCCCAUAUUAGUGGAUUAUUUCGAUAGAUGUCUGAACAUGUGUUUGAGGUAGAUUUUUAUCCUGGAAACUUUUAUGAACAUGUGUUUGGAGUCCUGAGUUAUUUUUUUCAUCACGGGUGAAACUUUUUUUUCCUAUCUCACAGCUUUGUUGAGACUAUACCAUCUCCCUUUCAUCAAUAUUAUUAAUGGAGAAAAGGGUUGAGGUAGGUACAACUUCAUUGUUGUAACUCUUUUAAAUCUAAUUUAGGCUUUGGUGGAAUUCUUUUUUAUGCAUCGUCUCUGAAACAUUGUUUUCAGAGCCUCUUAUCUUUUGGGAGUCAUAUUGGGCUAUUUAAUUUGUUCAGAGUAUUUUUAGUGGUCAGACACAGUUAUAUGCAUGAUUGACAUUGCUGCUCAGAGAGAUGACGCGGUUUUUUCUCAUUUUUGAGGUAACAAUUAGACCUUAUUUCUAUCAACACAACCCCAUGGAUUGAUAAUUCCUUCUCAGAUUCUCUUCCCCCUUAUUUUAUGGUUCUUAGGUUGAGUUAAACCGGUUUGUUUGCAAAUUCUGCUUAUAUUACCAUAUGUUUGACCUCAUCAAAGUACUCUACCAGUUUGGAAAAUAUUGGAUGAUUUAGUCAAUGCCUUUAAGGCAACACUUAUGGGCCAUCCAGAUAUGGCUUCAUACAAUCCUAUGCAGCGUUUCAUCCUUUCUACAAUGAUCUUUAAGGUAGGAAGACUCAAUUCUUUUUCUCCCAUCCGUCCCCUGCCCUCACUAUAGUUUUUGAUUCAAAUGAUAACAAGGUGCAUCCAGUAUGCCGUGAAUGGGCAAUUAUUAAGAUGCUAUAGAAAUAAGAGGGACAGCAAUCACUGUAUUUUAUUCUUAUGUGAAAUUUGUUACUUGUUUUACAGAGUUGUGGUUAGUUUUGGAGUUAUCAGGAUCAGACAGGUAUAGGUAAUUUACUUUGUGUUUGCAGAGUGAUUCUUUAUCCGAAAUGUUGUUGCCACAUUGAUGAAAAUCUACUUCAGUGGGCUGGGAUGCGAGACCAUUUUGCAAACAUUAAACUUGCCUGUUUGUAGGUGCCUGGAGGUAACCAAAAAUUAUAAUGUGCAGAAUAGUUUGUUUCCAUUUAGUUUGCAGGAAAAAGGAGGUAAUCUGGUGAUCCUUGAUGGUCAGAUUGCUGCUAGUAAGUAAAUAUAUUAUGCUAAGGAAUGAUUUGCACAGGGAAAACUCCAAAAUGUCUCAAGCAACUUUAUAAGUAAAUAUCUUAAGCAACUUUAGAAGUAGUUGCUGCUUGUGAAAUUAUAUUCCAAGAUAUGGGAAAUGAGAAACCAAAUGUAAUU